CGCCCUCGCUGUUAGCGCGCUAGCAGAGAAGCUGCUACGCCCGCGACGCGAUCGCAGCUGCGCAGGACAAUGGCAGGCUCGGCGCUGGCGAUUCGGGCUCGGCUCGGAGUCUGGGGUGUGAGGGUCCUACAAACUCGAGGCUUCGGCUCGGGCUCGGGCUCGUCGGAGAGCAUAGACACCAGCGCUGGCUCCAUCCGAGAAGCCGGUGGGGCCUUCGGAAAGAGAGAGAAGGCUGAAGAGGAUCGGUACUUCCGAGAGAAGACUAAAGAACAACUGGCUAUCCUGAAGAAACACCAUGAAGAUGAGAUCCAGCACCACGAGCAGGAGAUAGAGCGUCUGCAGAAACAAAUUGAGCGGCAUAAGAAGAAGAUAAACAACCUGAAAAGUCAUCACUAAAUGCAUUCAGUCACCCACAGAAUGAUAUGUAUCGUUCCCCACUUCUAUAGAAAUGUACUUCUUCCUGAGUGAUUAAUAUUUGGGCUGUGUGCUACUAACAGACAAUAAAUUAUCACCAGUAAA